CUCGGUGCGUAUAUAACGUGCUGAGGAUACUGAUAGGGACACAUCAACGUUGUUCAUCCUCGCAACGAGCGGCACUGUCCACACGCAAGGCAAUUGAAAUUCUAUCACCAUGAUCGGGAGAAAAAGCAUUGGGAAACAAGCAGGGAUAAGCCUAGUCAGCGCUCUGGAGCCACAGGAUGCUGUUGAAGUUGCUAUAGUAAAAGACGCCGUCGGGAAUGUCGUGGUCGAGGAAAUCAAGGGUGCUGGCUGUGGAAUCAAAUCAGCGCCUCAGGAUGCCGUUGAAGUUGCCGUUGUGAAAGACAUGAGCGGAAGAAAAAGCAUUGGGAGGGUAGCUGGGAGGAGUAUUGGAAAACGAGCUGGAAUGAACCUGGUUAAUGCUCUGGAACCACAGGAUGCCGUUGAAGUUGCCGUUGUAAAGGACAUCAGUGGAAGAAAAAGCAUUGGGAGGGUAGCUGGAAGGAGUAUUGGAAAACGUGCUGGAAUGAACCUGGUCAAUGCUCUUGAACCACAGGAUGCCGUUGAAGUGACCGUUGUAAAGGAUGCAGUAGGAAAUGUUGCUGUCGAGGAGAUCACUGUUGCUGGCGUAAAAGGAUGUGGAAUCAAAUCAGCGCCACAAGAUGCCGUUGAAGUUGCCGUUGUAAAGGACAUCGGUGGAAGAAAAAGCAUUGGGAGGGUAGCUGGGAGGAGUAUUGGAAAACGUGCUGGAAUGAACCUGGUCAACGCUCUGGAACCACAGGAUGCCGUUGAAGUUACCGUUGUCAAGGAUGCAGUAGGAAAUGUUGCUGUCGAGGAGAUCACUGUUGCUGGCGUAAAAGGAUGUGGAAUCAAAUCAGCGCCACAAGAUGCCGUUGAAGUUGCCGUUGUAAAGGACAUCGGUGGAAGAAAAAGCAUUGGGAGGGUAGCUGGAAGGAGUAUUGGAAAACGUGCUGGAAUGAACCUGGUCAAUGCUCUGGAACCACAGGAUGCCGUUGAAGUGACCGUUGUAAAGGAUGUAGUAGGAAAUGUUGCUGUCGAGGAGAUCACUGUUGCUGGCGUAAAAGGAUGUGGAAUCAAAUCAGCGCCACAAGAUGCCGUUGAAGUUGCCGUUGUAAAGGACAUCGGUGGAAGAAAAAGCAUUGGGAGGGUAGCUGGAAGGAGUAUUGGAAAACGUGCUGGAAUGAACCUGGUCAAUGCUCUGGAACCACAGGAUGCCGUUGAAGUUACCGUUUUAAAGGAAGUAGUGGGAAAUGUUGCUGUCGAGGAGAUCACUGUUGCUGGCGUGAAAGGAUGUGGAAUCAAAUCAGCGCCACAAGAUGCCGUUGAAGUUGCCGUUGUAAAGGACAUCGGUGGAAGAAAAAGCAUUGGGAGGGUAGCUGGAAGGAGUAUUGGAAAACGUGCUGGAAUGAACCUGGUCAAUGCUCUGGAACCACAGGAUGCCGUUGAAGUGACCGUUGUAAAGGAUGCAGUAGGAAAUGUUGCUGUCGAGGAGAUCACUGUUGCUGGCGUAAAAGGAUGUGGAAUCAAAUCAGCGCCACAAGAUGCCGUUGAAGUUGCCGUUGUAAAGGACAUCGGUGGAAGAAAAAGCAUUGGGAGGGUAGCUGGAAGGAGUAUUGGAAAACGUGCUGGAAUGAGUCUGGUCAAUGCUCUGGAACCACAGGAUGCCGUUGAGGUUACCGUUGUCAAGGAUGCAGUGGGAAAUGUUGCUGUCGAGGAGAUCACUGUUGCUGGCGUGAAAGGAUGUGGAAUCAAAUCAGCGCCACAAGAUGCCGUUGAAGUUGCCGUUGUAAAGGACAUCGGUGGAAGAAAAAGCAUUGGGAGGGUAGCUGGGAAGAGUAUUGGAAAACGUGCUGGAAUGAACCUGGUCAAUGCUCUGGAACCACAGGAUGCCAUUGAAGUUGCCGUUCAAACGGAUGUCGUGGGAAAUGUCGCUGUCGAGGAGAUCACUGUUGCUGGCGUGAAAGGAUGUGGAAUCAAAUCAGCGCCUCAGGAUGCUGUUGAAGUUGUAGUUGUCGAAGAUGGCGUCAGGAAUGUUGUAGUUGAGGAGAUCAAGGGUGCCGGUAUCAAAUGCUGUGGAAUCAAAUCAGCGCCACAAGAUGCCGUUGAAGUUGCCGUUGUAAAGGACAUCGGUGGAAGAAAAAGCAUUGGGAGGGUAGCUGGGAGGAGUAUUGGAAAACGUGCUGGAAUGAACCUGGUCAAUGCUCUGGAAACACAGGAUGCCGUUGAGGUUACCGUUGUCAAGGAUGCAGUGGGAAAUGUUGCUGUCGAGGAGAUCACUGUUGCUGGCGUGAAAGGAUGUGGAAUCAAAUCAGCGCCACAAGAUGCCGUUGAAGUUGCCGUUGUAAAGGACAUCGGUGGAAGAAAAAGCAUUGGGAGGGUAGCUGGGAAGAGUAUUGGAAAACGUGCUGGAAUGAACCUGGUCAAUGCUCUGGAACCACAGGAUGCCAUUGAAGUUGCCGUUCAAACGGAUGUCGUGGGAAAUGUCGCUGUCGAGGAGAUCACUGUUGCUGGCGUGAAAGGAUGUGGAAUCAAAUCAGCGCCUCAGGAUGCUGUUGAAGUUGUAGUUGUCGAAGAUGGCGUCAGGAAUGUUGUAGUUGAGGAGAUCAAGGGUGCCGGUAUCAAAUGCUGUGGAAUCAAAUCAGCGCCACAAGAUGCCGUUGAAGUUGCCGUUGUAAAGGACAUCGGUGGAAGAAAAAGCAUUGGGAGGGUAGCUGGGAGGAGUAUUGGAAAACGUGCUGGAAUGAACCUGGUCAAUGCUCUGGAAACACAGGAUGCCGUUGAGGUUACCGUUAUAAAGGAUGAAGUGGAAAAUGUUGCUGUCGAGGAGAUCACUGUUGCUGGCGUGAAAGGAUGUGGAAUCAAAUCAGCGCCACAAGAUGCCGUUGAAGUUGCCGUUGUAAAGGACAUUGGUGGAAGAAAAAGCAUUGGGAGGGUAGCUGGGAGGAGUAUUGGAAAACGUGCUGGAAUGAACCUGGUCAAUGCUCUGGAACCACAGGAUGCUGUCGAAGUUGCUAUUAUAAAGGAUGCCGUGGGGAAUGUCGUUGUUGAGGAGAUCAAGGGCGCUGGCUGUGGAAUCAAAUCAGCGCCUCAGGAUGCCGUUGAAGUUGCCGUUGUGAAGGACAUCAGCGGAAGAAAAAGUGUUGGGAGGGUAGCUGGGAGGAGUAUUGGAAAACGUGCUGGAAUGAACCUGGUCAAUGCUCUGGAACCACAGGAUGCCGUUGAAGUUACCGUUGUCAAGGAUGUAGUGGGAAAUGUCGCUGUCGAGGAGAUCACUGUUGCUGGCGUAAAAGGAUGUGGAAUCAAAUCAGCGCCACAAGAUGCCGUUGAAGUUGCCGUUGUAAAGGACAUCGGUGGAAGAAAAAGCAUUGGGAGGGUAGCUGGGAGGAGUAUUGGAAAACGUGCUGGAAUGAACCUGGUCAAUGCUCUGGAACCACAGGACGCCGUUGAAGUCGCUGUUGUAGAAGUCACCACGGGCAAUGUCAUUGUUGAGGAGAUCAAAGCUUCUUGCGUGAAAGGAGGCGGAAUCAUAUCAGCGCCUCAGGAUGCUGUUGAAGUUGUCGCUGUCAAUGCUGUUGGAGAUGUGGUUGUCAAGGAGUGUACAUCGGUAGCACCACAGGGUGUUGGGAUUGUGAAGACGGUUGAGGUGCCUCAGGGCAUUGGACACGCAGCUGACCAAAGUGGUCCACCCGUGGUAUACACACUGGAAUGAUGGACGAACUGACACCCCGGGGGGACUGCCCCAACGCACGGGGAAUCGAUCUAUAUCUCCACGCUGUUACGAUAACCUCCACCAAAAUUAUGCAUAGCUUGUUUGACGUCAGAUCGUUUAUAAGUUUUUAUUCAUACAGGUAGCCGAGUGCCCACGCCAGUCAAGAACAACACUGUACGUUUUAUGUUUGUGUGAUUGUAUGACCUAUUUGUUGGUCAAUAGAAGCCGUUAUCAGCCGGCAUUUUCUGGCAGUUAAGGGGAACAACAUGGACACUGCAAAACUACUCUGAUAUAUAAGUACAAUUCAUGCUUCUAAAUUUUAUUUUGAAGGAACUGUAAUUAUGAUUCACGCUAUAUCGCAAUAAACUCACAGAUCACGGUGUUGGUUUUA